UUUGUGUUGUUUUUCAUCCUUAAGUUUGAGAAUUUCCAUUUGGUUGUGCUUGUUCUGCCAUUAUUAUUAUUAUUAUUUUUUUUUAUAGUACUUGUCUGAUGCUUGACAAGUUGGCUUCUUUGUUGUUUUUUGCAUUUAUUUGAUUAUCAUUUGACUGGUAUUCAUAAGAACCUUUUUCUUACUCUUUCUAUUGUUUUCACUGGAUCUAGAGAUCUUGCCAGUUGGAUUGCUAAUUGGCUAACUUUGUAUAUACUUCAUAUAUUUAUUCACUGGAUCCAGUGCCAUUGCUGGAGGUUGCUGGAAUGUUUGUAGAUCUUCAACUUUUGUUUCAAUCUUUGCUUUCUUAUUUCAGAUUCAAUGUCUUUCUUUCACAGAUCAUUGCAGAAAUACUUUGAGAUUCAAUGUUUAUGAUUCUCAGAUUAAGUCCAAUCCUUUUCAGAUGUCAAUCUUAUUUGCAGUAAUCCUUGGAGGCAUUGCAGCUGGUGUUGCAUUUACAGUGGUAGCCACUGCACUUGUUUGGUCUUAUAAACACCAUUUCUUGAACUCAGGGAACAAGAAUUCCGAGACCGGCUCAUCGGAUCCUCCUUCAGCUUUAGGGGAGCUGAAUACAGGAUGUAGAGUUCCUUCGAACGGCACUCGCCCAUUGAGGGAUGGCAAUGAAGCAAGACCGAGGAUUUUUACGCUUGAAGAAUUAGAACAAGCUACAAAGAAGUUUAACGAGUGCAAUCUCGUCGGUCAUGGGAGUUUUGGUUUGGUUUAUAAAGGUUUGCUAUGUGAUGGUACCGUUGUAGCGAUUAAAAGGCGUGUCGGAACAUUACAUCAGGAAUUUGUCAAAGAGGUUAAUUGUCUGUCUGUUAUAUCGCAUCGCAAUCUUGUUUCUCUCAUCGGUUAUUGCCAGGAGGGUGGUUUACAAAUGCUAGUCUUCGAAUAUCUGCCGAACGGGAGCCUCUCUGAUCAUCUUUAUGAUACUGAUAAAGAAUUAAAGAUAAAGUUGGAAUUCAAACAAAGGCUUUCAGUAGCAAUAGGAGCAGCUAAAGGUCUUUCUCAUUUGCACAGUAUAGUACCACCAUUAGUGCACAGAAACUUCAAAACAUCCAAUGUGUUAGUCGACGAGAACUUCAUCGCAAAGGUGGCAGAUGCAGGCAUAAUCCGGUUCAUCCAAAACAUCGAAGAUGUUGGUACAUCUGAAGGAUCUCACCACCAAAAUAUUUUCCGAGAUCCAGAAAUCAAAGAAGAUAGAACAUUCUCUGGAGCCAGUGAUGUAUAUAGUUUUGGAGUGUUCCUUCUGGAGCUUGUAACUGGCCAAAUUGCUGCUCAAUUGAACUUUAUAGACACAAAUGCAAGCUUGAUCCAAUGGGUGAAGGAACAUCUUAAUUCCGGUGAUCUCAUUGAUCGGCGAUUAGCUGGAAGUCUCACUACAGAAGGGAUGACAGCAUUAAUAAAACUAACUCUUCAGUGCUUGAGUUUAACAGGAAGUAGACGACCGACGAUGGAUGUCGUCGGUGUAGAACUUCAUCGGAUUCUUGAGACAGAGAUGACAUUGACGACGAUUAUGGGUGAUGGUACUGCUAUUGUCACCCUUGGAAGUCAGUUAUUUGCUUAAAUUUAGAUGAGCUUUAAGUUGUGUAUUCUUUCCCUAAUUGGCUUUGUCUGUUAGAGUUCUGAAAUACAUGGUUGGAAGAUUCACAUCAAUUGAAAGUGUCAAAUGAGAUAUAAGCUAGUC